CACCUGCUGGGUCCCAGGGCCCCAGGAUGCCCCUUGCUGGAUCCUCCCAGGUCUGCCGCCUGCCCUGGACACCCAGGGGUCUAGUGCACAGUAGGUUACCCCCUGCAGGUGGCAGUGGUGCUCCCAGAAUCCUCAGGGGUGCCUGGUGUCCUCGGCACUGUUGAACCCUUCUCGGGGAGGGGAUGGGCAGCACGAGGGGAGGAGGCUUUUCAGGGCUGCUUCUGGGCCAUUCUCUGUCGCUUCCUGUGCAGCCAGGCUCCUGGCACAAAGUAGGGACUUGUUGAAGCCAAGUUGCUUGAGAGUGAGUGGUGCAGGUCCCCUUGACACUGGCGAGGGCCCUGGGGUGGGUGUGGGUGAGGAGCAGACGAGGGUUGCCCCAGACCUUCCCUGCCUGGCCGCUGUUGGCGUCGGUCUGCCGUUGGGCUGUGGGUCUCACCCGCAGUUAGUUUGCCGUGGUCUGAGGCCCAUGCUUGACUUGGCCCCGGUUCCCCAGAACCCAUAGCUCCUUCCCUGGGGGUUGAGUCCAGCUUCGAGGCCUCAGCAGUUUGUCUUGGAACCCUGGGGUUCCUCACACUCAUGGGAGUGUGAGCAGGGUUUCGGGAGGGAUAGGCCCCCACUCCUAGCCCCAAAACCACAACCACAAAGUCAGAGUUGCUGGAGCCAGAGAGAUUCUCUGACUUCUGCUGCUGCUGCAGAGGGCCAGGCACUCUGCCAAGUGCUGCCUUCUGCCUGAGCAAGUCCAUGGCCGGGAAGGGCCUUCCAUGUGGCUGCGUCCAGGCCACUUGACCCCUCCUGGCGGGGGAAUAGGAGUCUGGUGGACUUGGGUAGACCCAGGCCAGACCGCAGCUGCCUGGCCCCUGAGCUGUCCCAAAUCUCUUCCCUGGUCUGGAGGCUGUACCUCCAGAGCAGGCCCGGGGUACAUUCCCCACAGUGUCCCAGAGCCUUCCUGGCUGCAGCGGCUCACCUGGGCAUGUUGCAGGUAUUGAUGGAGUGAGUUGGCGCCAGCUUCCACACAGAGCACUUCGGAGUGCCCGGCGUGGAGCUGGACUUGGUGUCAAGGCCUCUGAGCUCCAGCAAAGCCUCCUGGCGGGAGGGCCUGCCCAGGGCCCAUGGGGCUGUGAUGUGUGCACAGGGAGUGUGGAUGCGAGGCUGAGCGGGCUUCACGGAGUGGGAAGCAGGGCAGCACUGGCACCUGCCCGCCAGGGACUGAGGUCGGAGGGGAGUGUGCAGAGGAGCUGGUUUGCUCCUGCCUUGAUGGACAGAUGAGGCCCAGCAAGGCCCAGGGGCCCGCUCCUGGCGCAGAGUGGGCCUUUCCCAAGUCGGGGCUGGUGGAGAGACCCUUCAGGGGCUCAGGAAGGAAGGGCGUGGUGAGUGUGAGGAGAGAGCCAAGAGAGGGGCAGGAGACCUGGGUGGGGCAUCGAGGCGGCGGGAACUGAAAUAAGUGCCAAGGAUCUGAAAGGGGAAAUGGGAUGGCCCCCACCCUGGCCACGCAUGGAGUCCUGAGGCUCCAGCAAAGCAACAAUGGCAGCCUGGCUCUCCCGGGAGCUGGAGCAGGGAGUGUUGGAGGAGUGUGGAGCCCACUGGGGGAGGGACAGAGCAAGGCAGACCCCGGGGGCGGCCCUGUACUGUGCUCCGGGGGCUGUGAGCCAACCUGAGGCCCAGCAGCCUGGGGCUGGAAGGGCAGAAGAAUGCCCUCCUGGCCUCUCUGUCCUGGCACAGCCUCGCUUCUGCAGCCUGGACCGUCCUCCAGGUGAGUCCAGAGAAGCAAGGUGGGUGGCCCCAGGGCCUGCAGCCAGGAUGGGCACCUCAGCCUGAGCUCCACUCUUCUCAGAUGUGCAGAGGCUCACCGAGCCCUGGGCUCAAUGGGCUAACCAGAGCCUCUGAUCUCACUGAGGUCUGGGGGAGCCAGGGAUGCACCCCGAGUUCAGCACAGUAGCUGGCUUGGCCCUAACACUGAGAGGGAGGGUGACCGUCUGCCAUUCCGUCCUGCCUGGAGUCCCUUUCCUGGCUAGGGCUGCUCUGGUGUUCCCUCAGUUUACCCAGGGCAGGUGCUAGACCCAAGGGACUGCACAUCAGGGGCUGGGAGGCAGCAGGUGGAUCCCUACCCACCCGAGGUGGUUUGGGAUAGCCUAGAAAGAGGAAGUGUGUGAGUUCCUUUCCUUUGUGCUUCCGAGCAUCCUGGACCUGCAAAGUCAUGGCCUGUGCUCCCCCAGCCUCUGGCCCAAGGUCCUCCUGCUCACACGCCUCGGUGCCUCCCCAGUGCUAGGGCAUAAAGCGAGGGUGCCCGACACUUCCUGCUUGUGGAUGCCUUUGCUGCCUCUGCUGUGACCUGAUCCCCGCCCUGGCUGUACCUACUUCUUUCCUUUCUUCAAACAAGCCUUUUGCUUCCCCACCUCUCAACACUGGCUUGGGGGCCCCUCUGCCUGGGAUACCCCUUUCUUCCUCCUAGGCCCUGGCCCAUCUCCUCCAGGAGGCUUGAGUGCUCACUGCAGCCGCCGGCCUCCCUGUAAGACAGUGAGUUAUCUGCGAGCUCUUCUCUGAGCCCUGGCACGUGGAGCGACUCAGUUACGCUCACAUCAGCUCUCAGAGGCACUGGCUGGGCGCGGUGGCUCAACGCCUGUAAUCCCAGCACUUUGGGAGGCCGAGGCGGGAGGAUUGCUUGAACCUAGGAGUUGGAGACAAGCCUGGGCAACAUAGUUGAGACCCCGUCACUACAAAAAAAAAAAAUAGCUGAGAGCAGUGGCAUGCACUUGUAAUCCCAGCUACUCAGGAGGCUGAAGCAGGAGGAUCAAUUGGGCCUGGAAGUUUGAGGCUGCAGUGACUAUGAUUGUACCACUGUACUUCAGCCUGGGCAACAGAGUGAGACCCUGUUUUGGGGAAAAAAAAAAAAAAAAAAAAGAAAAGAAGUAGGCACUGACAUGACAUUGUUCCAGUUUUGCAGAUGAGGAAACUCAGGCUCACAGUGAUUAAAUAAUUUUCCGAAUAUCACAUGAGAACGUAGGAGGCAGGCAGAAUCCGGAGCCUGGGAUCUGCCUCUGGGGCCUCCAGUGCCUCCAAGCGAGACAGCGACUAGACCAGUGAGCCCUGGAGGGCUGGGCAGGGCCUUGUCCCCUGGUGCCUCCCGGAGCCCAGCACGGGGCAGGGCCAGCUGGGCACUUAGUUUGGACGAGCUCUGUCCCUCCAGGGGCUUCACUUUCGCCUUCUGCAGCGUGGGGGAUCAUGUGUGACCUUGGCCAGCCCCUGACCUCCCUGAGCCGCAGCCUCUGCAUCUGGAACCCCCAGGGUUUCCCAUGCAGGGAGUGUCAAGUGUGGGUGCAAAGCCCAGGCACUGCACCCCUCAGCAGACAUCUGGGGCUUUCUCUUGCCCCUUCAGUUCCCUCCCUUCUCUGAGAAGCGCACCUGGUGCCUGUGGACAUGAACACUGGGCAUUUGGCGAGUCACACAGUGGCCACCCGGUUCUCCAGUGGGAGCUUCAUGGCACCCCCACUGUGCUGAGUUGUCACGGGGGGACCUCCUGGCCUCUUGCAGCCCAUCUGAGUCCUGCAGGGACCAAGCAUCCUCGUAAAGCCUCACAGCCCACCUGGGCAGACCAAGCAAGAACCUAGAAGCCAGAACAAGCUGGGGCUGGAAGACUCAUUCCAGGCACCGAGGCCCCUGUGAAAGGAGGCUUUGCGGUGGUUUCUGCUUUGCUUGCAUUGAGCCUCAAACUCUUCCUGUCCCGUGAGAAGGGGGGAUGGGAUUUGGAGGCCUGAGGAAGGAAGGAGGGGAGCUUCCUGCGCACAAGCGGCGGUAGGGGUUUGCAGAAGUGGAGGCUGGGGGCUGCCUGGCCAAGCGCUUACCGCCCUGCGCAGCCGGGCUGGCUGGCAGGAUGCAGCGGGAAGUGCCUGUGGGUCCUCUGCGCUGACUGCAGAGCUGGGUGGAGGCAGCGGAACCAAAACUGCUGUGUCACUGCACGCUGCAGCUGUUGCCAGGGUGACCGGCUCAGCUCACCCAUGAACCCCGUCAGCAGCAGCGAGGACAUCAAGCCCCCCCUGGGCCUCAAUGGCGUCCUCAAGGUCCCCGCCCACCCCUCAGGAAACAUGGCUUCCUUUACCAAGCACAUCUGCGCCAUCUGCGGGGACCGCUCCUCAGGCAAGCACUACGGGGUGUACAGCUGCGAGGGGUGCAAGGGCUUCUUCAAGCGGACGGUGCGCAAGGACCUGACCUACACCUGCCGCGACAACAAGGACUGCCUGAUUGACAAGCGGCAGCGGAACCGGUGCCAGUACUGCCGCUACCAGAAGUGCCUGGCCAUGGGCAUGAAGCGGGAAGCCGUGCAGGAGGAGCGGCAGCGUGGCAAGGACCGGAACGAGAAUGAGGUGGAGUCGACCAGCAGCGCCAAUGAGGACAUGCCGGUGGAGAGAAUCCUGGAGGCCGAGCUGGCCGUGGAGCCCAAGACCGAGACCUACGUGGAGGCAAACAUGGGGCUGAACCCCAGCUCGCCGAACGACCCUGUCACCAACAUUUGCCAAGCAGCCGACAAGCAGCUCUUCACCCUGGUGGAGUGGGCCAAGCGGAUCCCACACUUCUCAGAGCUGCCCCUGGACGACCAGGUCAUCCUGCUGCGGGCAGGCUGGAAUGAGCUGCUCAUCGCCUCCUUCUCCCACCGCUCCAUCGCCGUGAAGGACGGGAUCCUCCUGGCCACCGGGCUGCACGUCCACCGGAACAGCGCCCACAGCGCAGGGGUGGGCGCCAUCUUUGACAGGGUGCUGACGGAGCUCGUGUCCAAGAUGCGGGACAUGCAGAUGGACAAGACGGAGCUGGGCUGCCUGCGCGCCAUCGUCCUCUUCAACCCUGACUCCAAGGGGCUCUCGAACCCGGCCGAGGUGGAGGCGCUGCGGGAGAAGGUCUACGCCUCCCUGGAGGCGUACUGCAAGCACAAGUACCCAGAGCAGCCAGGAAGGUUCGCCAAGCUCUUGCUCCGCCUGCCGGCUCUGCGCUCCAUCGGGCUCAAGUGCCUGGAACAUCUCUUCUUCUUCAAGCUCAUCGGGGACACGCCCAUUGACACCUUCCUCAUGGAGAUGCUGGAGGCGCCGCACCAAAUGACUUAGGCCUGCGGGCCCAUCCUUUGCGCCCACCCGUUCUGGCCACCCUGCCUGGACGCCAGCUGUUCUUCUCAGCCUGAGCCCUGUCCCUGCCCUUCUCUGCCUGGCCUGUUUGGACUUUGGGGCACAGCCUGUCACUGCUCUGCCUAAGAGAUGUUGUCACCCUCCUUAUUUCUGUUACUACUUGUCUGUGGCCCAGGGCAGUGGCUUUCCUGAGGCAGCAGCCUUUGUGGCAAGAACUAGCAUGAGCCCAGCCAGGCGCCUCCCCACUGGGCUCUCAGGACGCCCCGCCACACCCCACGGGGCUUGGGCGACUACAGGGUCUUCGGGCCCCAGCCCUGGAGCUGCAGGAGUUGGGAACGGGGCUUUUGUUUCCGUUGCUGUUUAUCGAUGCUGGUUUUCAGAAUUCCUGUGUGGCCCUCCUGUCUGGAGUGACAUCUUCACCUGCUCUGAAUACUGGUGCCCAGCCAGCCUGUGACAGCUUCCCCCUAAUCAGGAGGAGGGGACAGCUGGGGGCGCAAGCUGGUGUGUCGUCAGCAAAGACCUCAGCCGCCUCGGGGAUGAGAGGGGACUCGUGGGGCCAGCAGGCUGCCUUGUGCUCUGAGUGAGGGGGAAAGUAGCCCCUUUUUCCAAAGAUAACUCACAGUUUUGCCCUCGAGCCAAUGAGAACAUGAGCUGCCCUCUGUGCAAGGUUUUGGGGCCACCUCCAGGCUGCAGGGACAGGGGUCACUCACCCCCCUUGGUUUUCUGUCUGCCUUGGUGUCCUGGUUUCAGACUCCCUGCUCCCUGUUCAGACCAGAGUGCCCCGGCCCCUCCCCAGCCUGAGUCUUCUCCUUGCUCUGCAGGGUGGGCUGAGGCUUGUCCUUGGUUCCUGCAGGGCUGGCCCCUGCUCGGGCAGGGUGGGGCGUCCCCACCUCACUGGCCUUGCUGGAGGCAUGGGGCUCUGCUGACCUGCAGCCAUCUGUGAGGCCCGCGGGGAUGGGAGGGGAAGAGGGUGGCUUGUUGGUUUCCCUCAGAGGGGGCAGGCGGCCUGGAGAGAGAGGGGCUCAGGAACUGGGAGCCUCAUGGGUGGGGCAGAUGCUCUGCGGCCUGGAGUGGCUCUGCGGGGGGCAUCGGUGGGACCCCUGCUCAGGCCCUCUCUCUGGCUGCCAGUUGUGUCUAAAAGACUCUUGGAAUCUGAGAACCCUGAGUUGCAGCGCCCUCGGGCCUGGGCCACACACCGGCCCUGGUGGGACCACCCAGCCUGGUAUUGUCCACGGACAGUGUUCACCCAGAGCCUUACUUGGGAGCCUCACUGAACGCCUGCUCUGGUUGAAGGUGGAGGGGGGGCUUGGGGCCUCCCCGGCUCAGCCCAGUGCGGCCCGGCGCUCCUCCCGCAGGCUCUGCCCCCGGGCUCCGGUGGUGCGGGGCCCUCUCAGGUUGAACUCGCCUCUUUUGCACUGGAAGGCCCUCCCUUUGGCCUGAGUACUUUUCCUGUUCACGCCUCAGUCCCGUGGACCCAGCCUUUGUCAGUGGCAGGUGCCUGAACAGAGGAUGGUUGGGGGGAUGCAGGAGGGACGGUCUUGUCUUCCCAGACGCAGUCUAGGAAUGAUGUGGGGGAGUGGGCGCCUUCUCCAUAGUCUUUCCCCACCUGGAGCAGGGGCUUCCUCAGUGGGGAGGGAAGCUGCAUACAGGUUGGACCGGGAGGCAGUGGCUUGCAGAGGCAGCUUUCCAGCCUUGGUGGGGAAGAAAGUGUCCAUUCUUUGCCUUCCUGGAGCUCCCAGCCAGAGCUGAGCUUAGGCACCCGGGUGGAGCCUGCAGCUGAGUCUGUGCCCGAGACAGGCUGUCAGAGAUUCCAGAAGCCUCUCCUUCCCGCCCCCCUCCACCCCUGCCUUUCAGCGUUGUGGAUCCCCAGAGGUGGCCCCCUGCCCAAUCAACCGUCCUGAGGCAGUGUUGAGCCUCACACCUGUACCAGGUCCCUGGCCAACUGGGCCCCUCCCAGGCACUGCCAGGAAGCCCCAGCUGCCCCUGGGGUGUGUGGUGGAAACGGCAGGAGGGUGCAGGCACUCUUGGGGCCCCAGCGGUGGGAGCGUGAAAGACCCAACGCCAACAUCUGGUGCCUUCUGCAGCCAGCGCCCGCCCAUCCAUGCCAGGACCCUUGGGAAUGCCCGCGGCUCCAGAGGAAAAAGCCCAGGGACGGGGCCUCCGUUGUGGGGGGUCAGCUUCUUCUUGGGAACUUUGUCGUUUCCGGCGCUGGCUGGCUGGCUGGCUGUAAAGCACUGAAGCCCCCCGGGCCGCCAACCCCUGAAAGCAGAACCCGGCCUCCCUGGCCCCAGCAGCCUUACCCACCGCUCCACGUGUCCUGGCCACUUCCUGCAGCCUUCCCGUCCCUUUCUCAUCGGCCUUGUGGUUGUACAGUGCUGUUGGUUUGAAAAGGUGGCGAGUGAGGAGUGUGGCUCAUCGCUGAGUAGAGAGGUAGAGUUUCUAUUUAACCACACCUGUAGUAGUAUUACCAAUCUGGUUCAAUUAAGGUGAUUUUUUGUAAUUAUUAUUAUUUUGGUGGGACAAUCUUUAAUUUUCUAAAGAUAGCACUAACAUCAGCUCAUUAGCCACCUGUGCCUGUCCCCGCCUUGGCCCGGCUGGAGGAAGUGGCUUCCCUGCAGGGCCACCCCCUUCCCAGCGGCUGCUUCCUGGGGCCCCGGGGCACCCCAGCACCUUCAGGCACGCUCCUCAGCUGGUCACCUCCCGGCUUUGCCGUUCAGAUGGGGCUCCUGAGGCUCAGGAGUGAAGAUGCCACAGAGCCGGGAUCCCCUAGGCUGCGUCAGGCAUGCUUGGAAGCUGGCCUGCCAGGACCUUCCACCCUGGGGCCUGUGUCAGCCGCCGGCCCUCCGCACCCUGGAAGCACACAGCUUCUGGAAAGACAGCCCUGGCCUUCGGUUUUCCAAGCACGGUGUCCCCAAGAAUUCUGGGCUGGCAGCCUGGUGGCAGUGCUGGAGAUGACCCCGAGCCCCUCCCCGUGGGGCACCCAGGAGGGCCCUGCUGGAAUGUGCAGCCUGUGGGUAGUCGGCUGGUGUCCCUGUCGUGGAGUUGGGGUGCGUGACCUGGUGCCCGUCCACGCAGGUGUGUGGUGUAAACGUAUGUGCUGUACAGAGAGACGCGUGUGGAGGGAGCCGCACACCAGCGCCACGUGGGAGAGGCGGAGCGGUUACCAGUGUUUUGUGUUUAUUUUUAAUCAAGACGUUUCCCCUGUUUUCCUAUAAAUUUGCUUCGUGUAAGCAAGUACAUAAGGACCCUCCUUUGGUGAAAUCCGGGUUCGAAUGAAUAUCUCAAGGCAGGAGAUGCAUCUAUUUUAAGAUGCUUUGGAGCAGACAGCUUUAGCCGUUCCCAAUCCUUAGCAAUGCCUUAGCUGGGACGCAUAGCUAAUACUUUAGAGAGGAUGAGAGAUCCAUAAAGAGAGUAAAGAUAAGAGAAAAUGUCUAAAGCAUCUGGAAAGGUAAAAAAAAAAAAAAAUCUAUUUUUGUACAAAUGUAAUUUUAUCCCUCAUGUAUACUUGGAUAUGGCGGGGGGAGGGCUGGGACUGUUUUUGUUUCUGCUUCUAGAGAUUGAGGUGAAAGCUUCGUCCGAGAAACGCCAGGACAGAGGAUGGCAAAGGAGAGGGCUCCUGUGAUGGCGGCGAGGCUUGGGAGGAAACCGCCGCAAUGGGGGUGUCUUCCUUCGGGGCAGGAGGGUGGGCCUGAGGCUUUCAAGGCUUUUCUUCCCCUUUCGAGUAAUUUUUAAAACUUUGCUCUGUUGUGUCCUGUUGCCGGCCGGCCUUCCUGUGACUGGCUGUGAAGUGGCUUCCCCGUACGAUUGUCUCGGAAACAUCGUGGCCGCAGGUGCCAGGGUUUGAUGGACAGUGGCAUUAGAAUUGUGGAAAGGAAACACGCAAAGGGAGAAAUGUGAGAGGAGAAACAAAAUACGAGCGUUUAAAAUACAUCGCCAUUCAGUUCGUU